AUGACUCGGCAGGUUCUCAUUCACUCGCCGGCCGUCAAUCGGCGGCCGAGUUUCUUCUCCGGCAAACACACCGUGGCUGCGCCGGCAGCAACCGGGGCGCACGGGAGGGGGCCGAAGAGCCGGGCCUCGGAGGUGGCCGGGCGGACGGCGGCGGACUGCACCGCCCUCUGCUGCUGCUGCCCCUGCACCGUCAUGAACAUCCUCGUCCUAGCGGUCUACAAGGUACCCGCGGGGCUGUGCCGGAAGGCAUCGAUGAGGAAGCAGAAGCGCUCCGUCGCGAAGAAGAGGGCUGGGGCGGUGAGCGCGAGGCAGGCCGGCGGCGGGGCGGCUGGGGCGAAGAACGCGGACGAGUCAGACGGGGAUAACGCGGCGGAGGACUCGGUGGCUGAUCUGCUGAAUAAGGGUGACGUGGAAGGCGAUGAUGACGCAGCGGCAGUCGACGACCUGGAGAAGGAGAUGUGGGACCGGUUCCACAAUACCGGUUUCUGGAGGAGCCCCUCGAUGAGGGACACGUAA